AUGGAUAGAAGGUUCUUUGCUCCGACCGUGUUGCUGUGGUUUGAGUCUUCUCAAUCCUCCAUUCCUCCAGGGAUCGGCUUUGCCAUCUGCGUGAUCAACCUCUACGUCUCCUUCUACUACAACACCAUCAUCGCCUGGGCCUUGUUCUACUUCUACUCCUCUUUCGCUUCAACCCUCCCCUGGGCCCAGUGCGGACAGCCCUGGAACACCCCCGACUGCACCACCUACAACGCCACCUGGGGAAACGCCUCCAAGUCGCCCGCCGAGGAGUUCUACACGAGGAAGGUCCUCGCCCUGCAGGGCUCCAACGGCCUGGACGACGUGGGCGAGAUCCGCUGGCAGCUCCUCCUCUGCCUCUUCCUCAUCUUCGCCAUCGUCUACUUCAGCCUCUGGAAGGGGGUCAAGACCUCCGGGAAGGUAGGAGACCCUCCAGGUCCCACUGUGACAACGUUGGGUUGGGUUCUCCAAGUUGAGUUGAGUUUCAUUGUUGAGUUGGCUGGGGUUGUCCACAGAUUGGGUUGGGUUCUUGAGUUGGGUUUUUCAAUGAUUGAGUUCCAUUGUUGA